AUUCUCAUGGCAAGGGAACAAGAGCGAUUUUCAACCGAAAUUGCGAAUCAGGCUGUUGACAAUAAUGCUGGGUCUUUUUGUUACUCGGUGAAGGUCCGGCCUAGGUUGCCAGAUUUUCUUAGUUCAGUUAAUCUGAAAUAUGUGAAGCUUGGUUAUAGUUAUCUCCUUAGACACAGCUUUUAUUUCUUGGUUGCACCAAUCCUUAUAGUGAUCUUUGGUGUUGAGUUAAGGAAGCUCUCAUGGGAAGAUUUCUAUCAGAAAUGUGAUCUUAUAGAUGCUCUCUUUAUGAUGGGAUUAUUGGGUUUAAUUCUAUAUAUUUAUCUCGAUUUGACACCUCGAUCAAUUUAUUUAGUUGAUUUCGCUUGUUAUCGCCCACCAAAUGAGCUUAAGAUUUCAAAGGAGGAGUUCAUUGAGUUAGCAAGAAAAUCUGGCAACUUCAGUGAUACUGCCAUUGAAUAUCAGCAACGAGUUCUCAAGAAUUCUGGCAUAGGCGACGAAACCUACAUGCCACGUGCAGUAUUCCGCCCUGGUUACAAACUAUCCCUAAAAGACGGUCGAGAAGAGGCAGCAACAGUCAUGUUUGGGGCAAUAAAUGACCUUCUUGCAGCCACCAAAAUUCGGCCGAAGGACAUAAGAAUUCUAGUGGUGAACUGCGGGGUCCUAAAUACAACGCCUUCUCUCUCAUCAAUGGUAGUAAACCAUUUUAAGUUUAAGCACAAGAUUCAUAGCUUCAAUCUUGGUGGCAUGGGUUGUGCUGCUGGAGUUAUAGCUAUUGAUCUAGCCAGAGACCUUUUGCUUGCGUAUCCGGGCUCAUAUGCUCUAGUAGUGAGUGCUGAAGCCGUGACAUACACAUGGUACAACGGUAACGAAGCUGACAUGCUGAUUCCAAAUUGCUUCUUUCGAAUGGGGGCUGCAGCCAUGUUGCUGUCAAGCUCCCGCCUUGAAAGAUGGCGCUCCAAGUAUGAACUCAAGCAGCUGGUUCGAACCCACAAAGCCAUGGACAAUAGGAGCUACAAAAGCAUACAAAUGAGGGAAGAUGAAGAAGGGAAGAAAGGUAUCUCGGUGAGCAAAGACGUGAUUGAGGUGGGAGGGCAUGCGCUGAAGGCAAACAUCACCACUCUUGGCCCACUAGUCCUACCUGUCUCUGAACAACUGCAUUUCUUUACCAAUUUGUUGUUUAAGAAGAAGAAAGCCAAGCCUUACAUUCCUGACUACAAGCUUGCCUUUGAGCAUGUUUGCAUAUUGGCAACAAGCAAGAAAGUGCUGGACGAGAUACAGAAUAACUUGGAGCUCACAGAGGAGUACAUGGAGGCAUCAAGGAAAACCUUGGAGAGAUUCGGGAACACUUCGAGUAGUAGUAUUUGGUAUGAGCUUGCUUACUUGGAGGCAAACUCAAGGAUCAACAGAAAGGAUCGAAUUUGGCAAAUCGCUUUCGGGUCCGGGUUCAAGUGCAAUAGUGUUGUUUGGAAAGCUCUUAGGAAUAAUGGAAAGCCAAAGCCAUGCCCAUGGGUAGAGGACUAA